AGUUCGCCGGGCGCCAGCGGCGGCGGCCUCCCGGAGCGAGUCGUGCAGCAGGCUGCCUUUGCCAGCGACCUCGAGGAUGGCACUGGCGAGAAGGCGGCCGCGGCCGAGGAGGGCAUCUUGGCCGCGCCCGCCUACGCGGCGCCGUCUGGCAGCCUCGUGGCCGAGAAAAGUGAUGGACCCAGGCGCAGCACCGACGAGCUCGCGAAGCUGUUCGCGGAGCAGAUCAGCGCCUCGGGCGUGCACCUCACGACCGCGGACAUCCAGAGGCACUUGAUGAAGCGCAAGACGGACCCCGAGAGAGCUCUGAAGGAGCUGCCCGUGCUGCUCCGCUCCAUGUCGGAGAGCACCGCGAACCAGGCGCAGAAGGCCGCGGAGGCGAAGCGGGCCGAGGAGAAGCGGGCCGAGGAGAAGAAGGCCGCCGACGAGAGGGCCUCUGGGGAGCCGACGGAGGCGGUGCCAGCGGCCUCCGAGGAGGGGGCUGCCUCCCAGGAGCCGGCAGAGCCAGCCCCGGCGGCUGGCACCGGGGAGGACGCCAAGAGACCGGCGGAGGCACCGCCGGCGCCCGCCGGGGAGGAGGGCCCCAGGGAGCCGACGGAGGCGCUGCCGGCGGUUGCCGAGGUGGAGGACUCCAAGGAGCCGGCGGAGGCGCUGCGGUCGGCGCAGGAUCCGCAGCUGGAGGCGCCGGGCCCGCCGCCGCCGGAGGGGCAGAGCCGCUGAGCCGCUGCCCCGUGGGCACCGCGGGGCGCCGGUUGCCGGUGCGGCCCGCGCGCGGGGCAGCAGGGCAGGGCUCCCGGGGUGGUGUGCGAGGGCAGCAUGGCGGGUGAGGGUGAGUAGUCUGCGGACCGACAUGCCUGGCGACCGAAUAGUCAGUGAGCGGGGAAGGGCAGGCAUCUGACACAGCGGGAGUGGCGGGCGCUUCUUAUUUGGCAUCCCCGCGUUUCUGCGCCAGCGGACGGGGGAGGGGUGGCCAAAAAGCAUUGCGUGAACAUAUUUGGGACCAAUGAGGACGACAACUCAAACUCAGACAUGUAGUUAUCCUCGCCCGGACACGGGCACGCACGCCUACAGCGUGGCUAUAUUCGCCCGGCCACGGGCGUAGCUACUCAUAGCUUCGCAGCUACCGUGGAUGCCCAAACAUGGGCAUUACUCUCUCUCUCUCUCUCUUUCUCUCUCUCUCUGUCUCUCUCCCUCAUUUAUGAGGGGAUCUGACCGCCUGGUCAUAUCCCUUCGCGCGCCGCGCGCUGUGGCGGCUGGCAUUCGGUCAGUCGCCCCCUUUCCAUCAUUUACGGAUGGUCGCGUGGUCUUGCCCGCGGCCAUCCAUGAUUAUCUGCGGCUGGCCGUGGCAAUGCGCCAUGGCCAGCCUUAGUGCUCUGCGCUGUUUUCUUUUACUUGCCUGCGCGUUGCGGGUGGCGUUGGAA